GGAGCAACUUGUUCCAAGUUGUGCAGCCGGGGCUGCCUGGGGGUGCGCAGCCGGCGCGCGGGGGCCCUCCUGGGUGUGGGCGCGGGGCGCGGCCCGGGGGCGCCCCCUGAGCAGGUGAGCCCUCACUUCCUCCGUGCCUGGCACCCCACGCGCAUCUCAGCCAGGAUGCCAACGAGGCGCUGGGCCCCAGGCACCCAAUGCAUCACCAAGUGUGAGCACACACGCCCCAAGCCGGGAGAGCUGGCCUUCCGCAAGGGCGACGUGGUCACCAUCCUGGAGGCCUGUGAGAGCAAGAGCUGGUACCGCGCGAAGCACCACGCCAGCGGCCAGGAGGGUCUGCUGGCGGCGGGGGCCCUGCGGGAGCGAGAGGCCUUGUCGGCCGACCCCAAGCUCAGCCUCAUGCCGUGGUUCCACGGCAAGAUCUCCGGGCAGGAGGCUGUGCAGCAGCUGCAGCCGCCUGAGGACGGGCUGUUCCUGGUGCGCGAGUCAGCGCGGCACCCUGGCGACUACGUGCUGUGCGUGAGCUUCGGCCGUGAUGUCAUCCACUACCGCGUGCUGCACCGCGACGGCCACCUGACCAUCGACGAGGCCGUCUGCUUCUGCAACCUCAUGGACAUGGUGGAGCACUACAGCAAGGACAAGGGAGCCAUCUGCACGAAGCUGGUGAAGCCCAAGAGGAAGCAGGGCACCAGGUCCGCAGAGGAGGAGCUGGCCAAAGCCGGCUGGUUACUGAACCUGCAGCAUCUGACGCUGGGCGCGCGGAUAGGAGAGGGUGAGUUUGGAGCGGUCCUCCAGGGCGAGUACUUGGGGCAGAAGGUGGCCGUGAAGAACAUUAAGUGUGAUGUGACGGCCCAGGCCUUCCUGGACGAGACGGCGGUCAUGACGAAGAUGCAGCAUAAGAACCUGGUGCGUCUGCUGGGCGUCAUCCUGCACCAGGGGCUCUACAUCGUCAUGGAGCACGUGAGCAAGGGCAACCUGGUGAACUUUCUGCGGACACGAGGCCGGGCCCUUGUGAGCACCUCCCAGCUCCUGCAGUUUUCCCUGCACGUCGCUGAGGGCAUGGAGUACCUGGAGAGCAAGAAGCUGGUGCAUCGAGACCUUGCCGCGCGCAACAUCCUCGUUUCCGAGGACCUGGUGGCCAAGGUCAGUGACUUCGGUCUGGCCAAAGCCGAGCGGAAGGGGCUGGACUCAAGCCGGCUGCCGGUCAAGUGGACGGCACCCGAGGCUCUCAAACACGGGAAGUUCUCCAGCAAGUCGGAUGUCUGGAGUUUCGGGGUGCUUCUGUGGGAGGUGUUCUCAUACGGCCGGGCUCCAUACCCCAAGAUGUCGCUGAAGGAGGUGUCCGAGGCCGUGGAGAAGGGGUACCGCAUGGAGCCCCCUGAGGGCUGCCCGGGCCCCAUCCAUGCCCUCAUGGGCAGCUGCUGGGAGGCUGAGCCUGCCCGCCGGCCGCCCUUCCGAAAACUGGCAGAGAAGCUGGCCCGGGAGCUGCGCAGCGCGGGGGGCCCAGCCCCGGUCGGGGGCCAGGACACGGACAGUUCCCCCUUGCCGCGCGGUCAGGAGCCCUGACCCUGCCCGGGGGCCGCAGGCCCCAGAGGAGAGAGCGGAGGGCGCGGGGCGGGUGCGGGGCGGGCGCGGGGCCAGGCCUCGGGAGGGUCAGGGCCAGGGAGCUGCCCAGUGGGGCUCCGGGCAGCCCGUGGGCACCCCACACCCAGGGAGGCCCGGGGCAGCGCCUCCAUAAAGACUGGUUCCCAGGA